AGAGAUACAGACCCGUUCAGUACGGGGUGGCCUCCACGACCGUUAACGACACGUUGGAGAGCGCGCCGACCACGCCGCCAUCGACGACCACGACGAGCAAGAGGAGGGCGAGGACAACUGUCGCGGGGUUGCUCCGUCGGUCCUCCUCGAUCCAUCGAUCCUUCGAUCGAACAACUUCGAAAUAUUGUUCGCGCCAAUAUUUUUACUCCCCCUUUCUUUUCCCCUCCUCCGACGAGGCGCGCGCGAGUCAGAGUGAUUCAUCUCGACGAAUGUUGCGGGAAACGGUUUGAAAACGUGUGGAAAAGGUGGUGGGAUAGGAAAUUUUCGGACUGGAUUUCUUCUCGUCGUCAAACGCGCAAACAGUAAAGCGGGUGAAAGACCGUACUGAUCGGUGCUGGUGGCAGCAAUAAGCGAGGGGAAAUAUCGAGGAGGAAGGAAAAGCAGCAGAAGGGAAGCAGCAAGUUUGGUGAGUUGGGUGAAAAUCGAUGGCCAUCAGCGCCCAUGGGCGGCCUCGCGUUUAGAACAAGGAAUAGCCCCUCCCAGAAGACCUCGCUACGGUGGGGUGACUGCUGCCCCCCAAAUCCCAACCCUCCGUCGUCGUCGGCCGUCUGGAAGGACCGUCAUCAGGACAUGCCUCCGGUACCUGUGUGAGGCUGUCCCCCACUACUUCGUGAUUGUACCCCGCGGGGUCUUCAGAGGUAUCCGAAUCUCCCAAAAUCGGAUCGGCCGCCAUACCUCCCGGACUUGCGUCUCCGCCAGUUCGAGNUCACGCAAGUGGACCCGUACUCACCGAAGAUGAUCAACUUCGCCGGUAUCGUGUCAAUCGUCCUGUUCUACGUUCUGAUCCUGGCUGUUGGAAUAUGGGCGGCAAGGAAGAAGGAAGCUGGAAACGACUCGGAGGAGGAGGUGAUGCUUGCCGGCCGUUCGAUCGGCCUUUUCGUAGGAAUAUUCACGAUGACGGCGACCUGGGUCGGCGGUGGAUACAUCAACGGCACCGCCGAAGCUAUCUACACGAGGGGCCUGGUAUGGUGUCAAGCUCCUUUCGGAUACGCGCUCAGCCUCGUUUUCGGUGGAAUAUUCUUCGCGAACAAAAUGCGAGAACAGGGGUACAUCACGAUGUUAGAUCCUCUUCAAGACGCGUUCGGCGAACGUAUGGGAGGUCUUCUUUUUCUUCCUGCGCUCUGCGGUGAGGUGUUCUGGGCCGCUGGCAUCCUUGCGGCUCUGGGCGCGACGCUGGCAGUCAUCAUCGACAUGAAUCAGAGUGCCUCGGUUAUUUUGAGCGCCUGUAUCGCAGUUUUCUACACGCUAUUCGGUGGUCUUUACUCUGUCGCUUAUACCGAUGUUAUUCAACUUUUUUGCAUCUUCAUAGGAUUGUGGAUGUGCAUUCCAUUCGCAUGGACCAAUCCAAAGGUACAAUCUCUUAAGUCCAUGGAGGUGGAUUGGAUCGGUGAAGUGAAGCCUGGGGAAUAUUGGUCUUACGUGGAUUAUGGUCUUUUGUUGAUAUUCGGUGGUAUCCCUUGGCAAGUAUAUUUUCAACGUGUCCUGUCCUCAAAAACUGCUGGAAGAGCGCAAGUGUUGAGCUACGUAGCUGCGAUAGGCUGCAUUAUCAUGGCCAUACCACCUGUCCUGAUUGGCGCAAUCGCCAAAGCAACGCCUUGGAACGAGACAGGCUACACAGGCCCGUAUCCCUUCACCGAGGCAGAGACAAGCAUGAUUCUGCCAAUGGUCUUGCAGUAUUUGACGCCAGAUUUCGUUUCCUUUUUCGGGUUAGGGGCAGUGUCAGCGGCGGUGAUGUCCUCGGCGGACAGUAGCAUCCUUUCGGCUAGUUCCAUGUUCGCCAGAAACGUUUAUAAAUUGAUCUUCCGCCAGAGGGCGUCGGAAAUGGAGAUCAUCUGGGUGAUGAGAGUGGGGAUAGGCGUGGUCGGGGUGCUAAGCACGGUGAUGGCGUUGACGAUACCCUCGAUCUACGGCCUCUGGUCCAUGUGCUCGGACCUCGUCUACGUGAUCCUCUUCCCCCAGCUGUUGAUGGUGGUCCACUUCAAAGAAUACUGCAACACUUACGGCAGUCUGGCCGCUUACAUAAUAGCGUUCAUCGUUAGGAUCAGCGGUGGCGAGCCCCUGAUGGGCCUNNCCGCCCUUAUCCAUUAUCCGGGCUACGAUGAGGAGACGAACACGCAAGCGUUCCCCUUCAGAACGAUGGCCAUGCUAAUGUCCUUGGUGACGCUGAUAGGCGUCUCGUACGGUACACAGGUGGCCUUCCUUACCGGCAGACUCGCGCCCGGAUACGAUUUCUUCAGGUGCGUGGUCAACAUACCGGAGGACGUCGAGAGGGUCGGCCCGGACCCGGCCGAGGGCGAGCAAAUGGCCGUGCUUGCAGCCGGNAUAGGCAGGCUGUACGGAAGCAAGGACGAAUCGAACGGCCGAGUGAAUCCUGCGCUCGAGCCGGACUACGACAUGGAGCCGGGAUGCAAUAAGGCGGCCGGGGAACCGGAAGCUGUUGUCGGCGGGGGGGGCGGAGGCGGGGCUGGGGCGCACCUCGUGCCCCACGGGCCGAACGUGCCACGACAGCCGCAAUCCAGCACCGCGUUCUAAAAUCCCUGGUUCCGUGUUCGGAUGCUGUGACCAACAAUAAGUGCGGCGGUGCAGGUCUGUUUUCUUUUUUUUUCUUUUUUUCAUCGAACGAGUA